UUUAGGUUAAGCGUUUCUUACUUUUGCCUUCUCGUUGUGUGCUCUCAUUGAAAUUUGUGAUGUUGUUAAUGUCUUUUCUUAAUCGCACAUAAGGACUCUCUGAUAAUAACAGGCGUUUUCUGAGUUAUACUGCACUAUUUCAUGCAUGAUUUGUAUUGUAUUGCUAAAACAAAAUGAAGGUGCAUGAUUCCAAAUAAUAUCAUUGGUGCUAGUUUUGUUUUAGCACCAAGAAUGAUCUACAACAGGGAGAAGAGAAGUCCAGCAUUAGAAUUAGGCUGAAUAUUAAAAUUCAGUCAUUUUAGAGUGUGGAAUCAUAUCAGUAGAUAGAUAGAAUCAUCUAUCAGUAGAUUUGUAUACAGCUACUUUCUCAGACAGUUGUGUGUUGUAAUAAAUAAAGAAACCUUCAUAACCAGAGGGAUCUAGUAAUAGAAACCCACAAAAUUGCUAUAUUUGUGCAUUGCUAAACAUAGAGUAACUGUGUUUGCAUCAAAUUGUAAGUAUUGGAAUUCUCUAUCAGUCUCAAUAAUAGCUUUUGUCAUUUGGUUCUUGCAAAGUAACAUAAAUAGCGUGAUACGGGGAAAAUUAUACCAUAAUACAGUUAAUAUACUAUUAGUUUAUUUAUAAUUAUUUGAAUCGGAACAAAAUAAAUCCACAAUUUAAAAAGUUGUGUGUACCUCACACUCUUCUUAUUAUUAAAUAAAUUCUCAGUAAAGGCAAAACAUUGCAAAGAAGAUUGACUGAUAAAGAGGACAAGUGCAUAUUUCAUUAUAAGUUGUUAUGAUUCUGUUUCGUCCUUGAUAGAGUUUACUAUUCGACUUGAUUAAAAAAUAUAUAGACAAAAGUGUGAAGUUUGAAGUAAGUGUGAAUUAUGCGUUAGCUACCCGAUGUAUCGAGCAGCGUUAUCGGUAGUAGUCAGCGCAUUAGCUGCAACCCAAAUCACGUUUAACCUUACAAUUCGUAAGCGGUUAAACGUACUACAAAACUUCUUAAUCUGCAAAAGGAAGUAAAUAAUUCAGUGUCUCAUUUUCAGCUAUAGAAGAAACAUCUGUCAUGAGCAAUCUUAUGAGGAUAUGUUUGCGAAGAUCAUUCUGCACGCAAUCUAAAGAGAAAAUAUUAGAAGGUCUAAAAGUAAAGCAAUACUGGUUAGUUCCUAGCACACCAGUACCAAGUAAAAUUGACAAAAGUAAACUACCAGCAAGGACUAAAAUCGACGCAAAUACUAUUGCCCUUUUGGAACGUUUAAGUUUAGUGGAUUGUGCAAACAAACAAGGUAUUGAAACACUUGAAGAAGCAAUUGCAUUUGCUGAUCAAAUUCUACAAAUCAAUACAACCUAUAUUGAGCCACUUAUAACAGUACUGGAGGAUAAUCCACUUACCUUGAGAGAAGACACAAUCACUGCUGGUGGCAAUAGGGAUAAAAUACUUGUCAAUGCUGCACUGACUGAAGAGGAAUACUUCCUAGCACCACCUGGAAACAUUCCACUUGAAGCAAGGGCUGAUCCACUCUUUGAAGAGAAAUGAUUCUAAAAAAUGUCCUGAGUUUAUGUGAGCAGUAUGGAUUCCUGUUGAAGAAGCCAACACUUAGUAAACAUUAUAUUGCACCAGCUGGUACUUUACUCUUGGAAAACCUAAAGCAUGAGUGGCUACAAUCAAUGGU